AUGACCUACCUGCGUAUUGCACCCUCUUUUUCCAUGAUAUGCAGCUGCGGGACAGUAGUUGCCCGCCACUGGCUGCCAGCUGCACCAAAGCUGGCAGCCUUGAUGAUUGUGCUUGGCGACUGCAAUGAUGCUGUGGACCUGUACAGGGAGGCUCUGCUCUUUCCUGGACCUUCUACCAUGGGCCACCUGCUCAUGCAGCAUGGACUGAGGGCUCGUGCUGCCCUCAGCAGGGUUAGGAAACAGCAGCCUGCUGACCCUCAGUCCAUGCUGCAUGAGCAGGUGGCCCAUGGGCACGACAGAGCUGAAUGCCUUCUGGGGCUACUCGAAGCCUACUGCAAAGCGACGGGUAUGGCCGCGAAUGCCGCCAAGUGCGAGGUCCUCAUUUUUGGGGGUGCUACGCGUGAGCGGAAGCGGCUUGUUGAAGCUGAGUACCGGUUAGGUGGGGCGGGGUUGCGGGUGCUGACCGGCAACGAGACGGCACGGUAUCUCGGGUUGCACUAUGGCCCAGGAGUGCAGUUCUCAGCAUGUACCAAGCAACUACUCACAGCAGGGAGGCUUUGUGACUGUGGAGCGGUUGAAGAUGAGUUGCAUGUUUUCGAAGAAUGUCCCGCUUACAAGAGCAUACGGGCUAAGUAUGAUGGUGACCUAGUCCUUAUGGGGCGCAGCAUGCGCACCACUAUGACUGAGGCGCCACCCCUGGCAUUGGCCAGGCGGCAGCUGGAGCCAUGUUGCUGUUUCUGUGCCUGUGGCACUGCCUGUGUUUCGGCCGGUACAAAUGCGACAGCAGCGACAGCGGUGCCACCUGUGGUGAGGAAGGAUACUGCCAAGAUUAGCAACGUGGCGGCCAGGACUGGUAUGGUCAACGUGGAGUCAGUAGAGGUGGUUGUGUGCCUGAGUCCGCUGGCAGCGAGCCCGCUGCCACCAAGGGGAGGGAGCUACAGCAAGGCCGCGGCGGUUGGCGGCAGAAGCCAGGGCUGCAUGGUGCACGGUGCUGCCAGGACUGGCAGCCGUGGUGGUGGAGUCGCCACGCAUGCCGGCGUUGCCAGCGGCACAGAUCUAGAUUUGGAGAUGGUCCUGCCAGUGCCACAUAAUUCUGGGUUGGUGCAGCUGGUGCUGCGGGCAGCAGCCUGGUGCUUGGCCUCAAGUGCUUGCUUUCGAUGA